AUAAGCAAGAAGAAGAAUUAUAUGGUUAUAUUAAAUGUUUAUGUUUGCGGUGGUAAAUGAGAUGAAAAUUCAAAAUGUCUAAGUCGUGGAAAGAAUUGAAUAUUUGUUUUCACGAAGAAGUAGAAAAUGGUAUCAAAUCAUUGAAUUUUCCAAAAGCUACUCCAAUUCAGACAUUCACCAUACCACAACUGCUUAACAAAAAAGAUGUUGCUGCAGAAGCUGUGACAGGUUCUGGAAAGACUCUGGCGUUUUUAAUACCCAUUGUAGAAAUUCUGAAGCGAAGAGAAGUUGAAGAAAUAUGGAAAAAACAUCAAGUAGGAGCUCUCGUAAUAUCUCCAACAAGAGAAUUGGCCUUGCAAACAAAAUUUGUUUUAGAUGCAUUGUUGAAACACGUUAAAAAUUUGACUCAAAUUCUGCUGGUAGGUGGCAACAGUGUAGAAGAUGAUGUAAAUAACUUCAAAACCAAUGGCGGAAAUAUUAUAAUUUGUACUCCAGGCAGAUUUGAGGAUUUACUCACACACAAAUAUGAUAUCAACUUAGCAAGUUCCUUGAAAAGUUUGGAAAUCCUAAUAUUAGAUGAAGCAGAUAGACUUCUUGAUUUAGGUUUCCAAAAGACUAUAAAUAUAAUACUAAGUUAUUUACCGAGGCAAAGACGUACAGGAUUAUUUUCUGCUACACAAACAAAAGAAGUGGAAGAUCUGAUAAGGGCUGGUUUACGUAAUCCAGUUUUGGUCAGUGUUUCUGCGAAAGCUACCCAAAGUACACCUGAUUUGUUGAACAAUUAUUAUAUUGUGACAAAAAAUGAUGGCAAAUUGUGCACGAUAAUAUCAUUCUUGAAGAAAAAUAAAGUGCAAAAGGCUAUGUUAUUUCUACCGACUUGUGCCGCUGUUGAUUACUGGUCUAAUGUCUUCCCUCGCAUUAUGCCCAGCAACUUGGAUUUACCUGUUCUAGCCAUACACGGUAAAAUGAAAGCUAAACGUAAAAGUAUAAUGGAAACUUACAGAACCGCAGAUAAAGCCCUAUUACUGUGUACUGAUAUAAUGGCUAGAGGAAUAGACAUUCCAGAAGUGGAUUGGGUGCUACAGUGGGACCCACCGGUUAGUGCUAGUUCUUUUGUACAUAGGGUAGGUAGAACUGCCCGUCAAGGUCAGCAAGGAUCGGCACUAGUUCUCUUACUUGAAAAUGAGGAAGCCUAUGUACCUUUUAUUGAAACCAAUCAGCGUGUUAAACUCGAACCAAUUGAAGACCUUGCCACAACUGAAGAGAUUGAAGAGCUGAGGGAUAAAAUUAGAAAUCUUCAGAGAAAAGAUAGAGCUAUAAUGGAAAAGGGUACACAAGCCUUUGUGUCACAUAUCAGAGCAUAUUCAAAACAUGAAUGUUCCUUAUUACUUAAAGUAAAGGAGCUACCUUUGGGUGCAGUGGCAGCUACGUAUGGGUUAUUACAAUUACCUAAAAUGCCGGAAAUGAAAAAUAGAGAUCUAAGUGACUUUCCUGAAAUAUCUAACUUAAACAUUGACACUGUGCCUUAUAAAGACAGAAUCAGGGAGAAGGUUAGACUACAAAAAAUGGAACAGUAUAAGGAAACAGGCUCAUGGCCAGGAUAUAAACAGAAAUUUAUAAAAAAGUCUUCUGAACCGUGGUCUGUAGCAAAACAGAAAAAAGAUGAGAGAAAAGAAAGGAAACAGAAAAGAAAACAAAUAAAACAAACAAAAUUGGCCAACAACGAACCAUUAAAGAAAAAACGGAAAGGAAUAAGUGAAGAAGAUCUGGAGGAACUGAAACGUGAUAUAAUGUUAUUGAAGAAAUUGAAGAAAAAGAAAAUUUCCAAUGAAGACUAUGAAAAAGAAAUCGGUUUACUGUAAACUCAUGUAAAUAUAUUACUUAAUGAAUCUAAUAUAAAAUUGUAAAAGUA